AGCUCCCGGGGGCGGGGCCGGCACCGCCUCCCGCCGCUCUCCAAGAUGGCGACGGGGCCGCCUCCCUCAGCGGCCAAGCUGUACCGGCCCAACCGCUUCGUCUCGCUGCCCGCCGAGCUCGACCCCGACACCUACGAGUCAUCGCCGGAGAAGCGCCGCGCCGAGGCCGAGCGCCUGGCGAUCCGCUCCCGGCUCAAGCGGCAGUACCAGCUGCAGCUCAACAACCCCAGCCGGCCCGCCAUCAUCGAAGAUCCCGCUUUGCUCCGCUGGGCCUAUGCGAAGUCAAUGAACGUCUACCCUACUUUCCGCCCGACACCCAGGACGUCCUUUCUAGGAGCUGCUUACGGCUUAGGCCCCCUCCUCUUCUGGAUCUUCGUCUUAAAAGCUGACAGGGAUCGUAAAGAGAAGCGUAUCGAGGAAGGUAAAUACAAGCGACCAUUCAGUGURUUCUAAGUUCCUGGAAUUGCUGUGAUGUUCAUGGGAUAUAAAUAAAAUAAGAUGUAUUAUGUGAUGACAUUUCUCUGUCAUAAGAAUAAAUCUUAAUUGCUUGUUGGUUGUCUUGAAUCUUUCAAAAUCAUGCAAAUUGCAGAAAUGUAGGAUCUUUAUACCUAAAUCAGAUGGAUACAGAGAGGGUGUCUGGAACUCAGCUAUUGUACUCUUUCGGUGUACAUACAGAGGAUCUUUCUAAACCAUGGAGGUUGCUGCUGUCCAAGAAGRCUGAAAUUUGAAAUUACUAGCUGGCUAAAAUGGUAAACAAGACCAAAGUUUCCUAAAGGAACUACUGCUUACCUUCUAGAUAUUUCUUGGUGUCAGUUUGGCUGUGUGGUUUG